UUUUUGACAGAUAAUAGAUUAAUAAUAUACUUAUUUAAUGUGGAUUGCAUAAAUACAUAUUAUGUAUACAUAUAACAUUUCAUUUAGUGCGUGUGUGCUGGCAUUAUUGGCACUGACGCAGCUAACGCGCGCGUGCACGCGCAUUUCUGGACCGGAGGACGCGCCCCACCGGCACCGAGUCGAACACGCAUGCGCCGUCCGCGGCGGCCCAGCGGCCCACCGCAGCCAGGGGGCGUCAACAUGGCGCUGUUGGACGGACGCUCGCGUCGACCUCACUGACUGACAAGAGAGCGAGAACGAGAACGAGAGAGCGAGAACGAGAGAGACUCACACGGCUGAGAGGAGAGAGAGAGAGAGAGAGAGGGAGAGAGAGAGAGAGAGCCGCCAACCUCCCCAAGCGUAUGAAGCCGAGCACGGUGCGAGGGCGCCCGCGUCGCUUGUGAACGUUCGUCCGCUUUCAGUGCGGUACGGUGGAUGUGCUUGUCUCCUCCUCCCCCCACCGCCGCCGCCGCCGAGCCUCAGCCUGUAGGGCAGGUGCGAGACGCCCGUUCCCGUCCUCUCCUCCGAAGAGAGGGCCGGGAAAAAUGUCGAGCGAGAAGCCGCUUUUAACACCACCGGGCUCGGCUUGCUCGCUGGCGGCCGCCGACUCCUCCUCACCAUCACCGCCACCACCAUCGACCGGACCGCCGCCGCUGCCUCUUCCGGGGGACAGGAUGCCGUCGUCGGCGACCGGCUCCGUGGUGCUACCGGCCGGCGUCAUCAACCCCGCCGUCCCCAUCAGGAAUAUCCAGAUGAAAUUCGCCGUGCUGGUGGGCCUCAUUCAGGUCGGCGAGGUGACCAACCGGGACAUCGUGGAGACCGUUCUCAACCUGUUGGUGGGCGGCGAGUUCGACCUGGAGAUGAACUUCAUCAUCCAGGAGGCGGAAAGCAUCGGCUGCAUGGUGGAGCUGCUGUCGCACUGCGAGGUGACGUGCCAGGCGGAGAUCUGGAGCAUGUUCACUGCCAUCUUGCGCAAGAGUGUACGCAACCUUCAAACCAGCACUGAGGUGGGCCUCAUCCAGCAAGUGCUGCUCAAGAUGAGCACGGUGGACGACAUGAUUGCAGACCUGCUGGUGGACAUGUUGGGCGUCAUGGCCAGUUACAGUAUCACAGUCAAGGAGCUCAAGCUGCUCUUCAGCAUGCUGAGGGGCGACAACGGGAUCUGGCCCAGACACGCCAUCAAGUUGUUGUCGGUGUUGAAUCAGAUGCCUCAGCGUCACGGCCCCGACACCUUCUUUAAUUUUCCCGGACGCAGCGCGGCGGCCAUCGCUUUGCCGCCCAUCGCCAAGUGGCCAUACCAGAACGGCUUCACCAUCAACACGUGGUUCCGCCAAGAUCCGCUCAACAACAUCAACGUGGACAAAGACAAGCCGUACCUCUACUGCUUCCGCACCAGUAAAGGGAUCGGCUACUCUGCUCAUUUUGUGGGCAACUGUCUGAUCGUGACCUCCCUCAAGUCCAAAGGAAAAGGCUUCCAGCACUGCGUGAAGUAUGACUUCCAGCCGCGGAAGUGGUACAUGAUAAGCAUCGUCCACAUCUACAACCGCUGGAGGAACUCUGAGAUCCGCUGCUACGUCAACGGUCAGCUGGUCUCCUACGGCGAUAUGGCCUGGCACGUCAACACCAACGAUAGUUACGACAAAUGCUUCCUGGGCUCCUCGGAGACGGCCGACGCCAACCGAGUGUUCUGCGGUCAGCUGGGUGCCAUCUACGUCUUCGGCGAGGCGCUCAACCCCGCUCAGAUUUUUGCCAUACACCAACUCGGACCUGGAUAUAAGAGCACAUUCAAGUUCAAGUCCGAGAGCGACAUCCACCUAGCCGAGCACCACAAGCAGGUUCUGUACGACGGCAAGCUGGCCAGCUCCAUCUCUUUCACGUACAACGCCAAGGCCACCGACGCGCAGCUCUGCCUGGAGUCCUCGCCGCGAGAGAACGCCUCCAUCUUUGUGCACUCGCCGCACGCCCUCAUGCUGCAGGACGUGAAGGCCAUCGUGACGCACUCCAUCCACAGCGCCAUCCACUCCAUCGGCGGCAUCCAGGUUCUCUUCCCGCUCUUUGCCCAGCUGGACUAUAAGCAGCUCAACGACGCCGCUGUGGACACCACCGUGUGUGCCACGUUGCUGGCCUUCUUGGUGGAGCUGCUCAAGAGCUCGGUCGCAAUGCAGGAGCAGAUGCUGGGGGGCAAAGGCUUCCUGGUUAUUGGAUACCUGCUGGAGAAGUCGCUGAGGGUGCACAUUACUCGGGCGGUUCUGGAGCAGUUCUUGUCCUUCGCCAAGUACCUGGACGGUUUGCCUCACGGGGCGCCGCUCCUCAAGCAGCUGUGCGACCACGUCCUGUUCAACGCCGCCAUCUGGAUACACACACCUGCCAAGGUUCAGCUGUCUCUGUACACCUACCUGUCGUCCGAGUUCAUCGGCACGGCGACCAUCUACUCGACCAUCCGCCGCGUGGGCACCGUUCUGCAGCUCAUGCACACGCUCAAGUACUACUAUUGGGCCGUCAACCCGCUAGACUGCAGCGCCAUCGCACCCAAAGGCCUCGAUGGACCUCGACCUUCCCAAAAGGAGAUCAUCUCUCUACGGGCCUUCAUGCUCCUCUUCCUCAAGCAGCUCAUUUUAAAAGACCGAGGUGUCAAGGAGGACGAGCUACAGAGUAUUCUUAACUACCUGCUAACCAUGCACGAGGACGAGAACAUCCACGACGUGCUCCAGCUGCUGGUGGCGCUUAUGUCCGAGCAUCCGGCCUCCAUGAUUCCUGCCUUUGACCAGAGGAACGGGAUAAGGGUGAUCUGCAAGCUGCUGGCCUCCAAAAGCGAGAGUAUCCGAGUACAGGCCCUCAAAGUACUCGGAUAUUUCCUCAAACACCUUGGUCACAAGAGAAAGGUAGAGAUCAUGCACACUCACAGUCUUUUCACACUCCUCGGGGAGCGUCUGAUGAUGCACACAAACACCGUGUCCGUCACCACCUACAACACGCUCUACGAGAUCCUGACCGAGCAGGUGUGCACGCAGGUCGUUCACAAGCCCCACCCAGAACCGGACUCCACCAUCAAGAUCCAGAAUCCCAUGAUCCUGAAGGUUGUCGCCACGCUGUUGAAGAAUUCCUCUCCCAGCGCCGAGCUGAUGGAAGUCAGAAGACUUUUCCUCUCCGACAUGAUCAAACUUUUCAGCAACAGCAGAGAAAACAGACGCUGCCUGCUGCAGUGCUCAGUGUGGCAGGACUGGAUGUUCUCGCUUGGCUACAUCAACCCGAAGAAUCCCGAGGAACAGAAGAUCACCGAGAUGGUCUACAAUAUUUUCAGGAUCCUGCUUUACCACGCCAUCAAAUACGAGUGGGGCGGCUGGAGAGUCUGGGUGGACACACUCUCCAUAGCGCACUCCAAGGUGACGUACGAAGCGCACAAGGAGUACCUGGCCAAGAUGUACGAGGAGUACCAGCGUCAGGAGGAGGAGAACAUGAAGAAAGGCAAGAAAGGCUCCGUGUCCACCAUCUCGGGCCUCUCUGCCUCUCCUGCACCUGUUGUCAACGGCAACCUGGAGAUGGACGACACCUUACAGACGCCCGAGAGCGAGGCCGAGUAUAGCGAGGCCGGCGGCGGGACAGGGGGCGAUUCAUCCCGCAACCUGCUGGCCGACAGCGCCGUUAAGCGGGUCGACGCCGAGCAGGGUGCCGGUGUGAGGGUGGAGGUCCAUGACCUACUGGUGGACAUCAAAGCCGAGAAGGUGGAGGCAACCGAGGUGAAGCUGGACGACUUGGACUUGAGUCCCGAAGGCCUCGGUGGGGGUGGCGGAGUAGGCGGAAGUGGCUCCAUGGAGAAUGGACCUCUGGUGGAGGUGGAUUCGCUCUUGGAUAGCGCAUACUGCGCCGUGGUGCAGAACCUCAACGGCACCCUGGUGCCGAAAGAUGAUGGUGCCACGAUGUCGGCGGGGGUCCGCGUGCCGCCCAGUUUGGGACUAUCAGGUGUCACCCUGGAUGAUGACGGCAUCAUGGGCCCCCUCAUCACCCUGGCCGACGAGAAAGACAGUGUACCCAACAACAACGGGUUUCUCUUCAGCAAGGUCGACGAGAAGCUCCUUCCGGCUCUGGCGGCCACCGAUGCCCUGGUCCUGACUGGUCCGGAUCAGUCCGCCGCCCCCGGCGCAACUUGCGCUAGCGACGACCUCAGCCUGCUGGCCCACAUGACGAGCUGCAGCUCGGCCGGCGAUCUCCCGGAGGACGGGCCCUUCAAGAUUCAAAGCCCGCUGGCCGACAUCAGCUCCAUCACAGAGGCCCGAAACCAGGUGCUGUCUCGCCCCGACUUCCCCGAAGGGGACGGAGCGGACAGAGCGACUGGCGCCGACAGCGAGGCGUCGGCUCUCAAGGGAGGAGCGGGGGACGUGGCCAGUGUCACAUCUGAUACGGAGAGAUCUGAUGACGGCAAAGAUAAAAAGAUAUCAACCACCGCAACCACACAGGCUCUGCACGGCCGCAGCGCGUCUCAGCUGGAGCGAGACCUCCGCGUGGAUCUGGGCUUUCGGGGGAUGCCCAUGACGGAGGAGCAGCGGCGGCAGUUCAGCCCCGGGCCGCGCACCACCAUGUUCCGCAUCCCAGAGUUCAAGUGGUCGCCCAUGCACCAGAGACUGCUCACUGACCUGCUCUUUGCGCUGGAGACCGACGUGCACGUGUGGAGAAGCCACUCCACCAAGUCAGUGAUGGACUUUGUCAACAGCAAUGAAAACAUCAUUUUCGUGCACAACACCAUCCACCUCAUCUCCCAGAUGGUGGACAACAUUAUCAUCGCCUGCGGGGGCAUCCUGCCGCUCUUGUCCGCUGCCACCUCGCCCUCCACUUCUAAGACUAGUGCCAGCAGUAGGAGGAUGGGAGCGGCCACGAAAGGCGAGGAGGUGACGCCCGUGCCAGGGGGAGGUGGCGAGGGGGGUGAGACGGAGCUGGAGAACAUCGAGGCGACGCAGGGCAUGUCGUCGGAGACGGCCGUCACCUUCCUGUCGCGGCUGAUGGCCAUGGUGGACGUGCUGGUGUUCGCCAGCUCGCUCAACUUCAGCGAGAUCGAGGCCGAGAAGAACAUGUCCUCCGGCGGCCUCAUGAGGCAGUGCCUGAGACUGGUGUGCUGCGUGGCGGUGAGGAACUGCCUGGAGUGCCGCCAGCGGCAGCGGGACCGCAACUGCAAGUCUUCUUUGCCCAGCAGCAAGUCGCAGGACACCCUGCACGCCAGCGCAGCCCCCAGCAAGCAGGACCCGGACCGCCUGCUGCAGGACGUGGACAUCAACCGGCUGCGUGCGGUGGUUUUUAGAGACGUGGAUGACAGCAAGCAAGCUCAAUUUCUGGCUCUGGCCGUGGUCUACUUCAUCUCGGUGCUGAUGGUUUCUAAGUACCGAGACAUUCUGGAACCUCAGCGGGAGAUCAGCAGGUCCACCAGCCUGUCCGGACGUAGCAUCCGACACGAGAUUAACUCGCCCACCAGCACAGAGCACCCAUCCUCAGCCUUCUCCGACCGCGACAAGCAGACGCCCACCCCCGUGGACGACUCCCCCCGCGCCGGCCUGCCCCACACGGACUCUGGCAUCGGCGAGGAGGGCCACGCGAGCGGCUCCCUAAACGGCUCCGAGAUGGGCUUGGGGCUCGGCCUGGGCCUUGUCGGGCGGGAGACGGACAGGGACCGGGAUCGGGACGUGGGCGGCGGGCAGGCAGAUCUGCUAUGCAGUCUCUCGGACAUCAGGAGGUCACAGGAGAGCCUUCUGGACUCCCCCCACAACCCGAACGCCGGACAGGCGCCCCCUUCAUCCAUUUCCAGCAUAAGCCAGACCAAUAAAGGCAUCAACGUCAAGGAGAUCUUGAAGAGCCUGGUGGCAGCGCCGUUGGACGGCGGCGAGUCGGGCCAAGAGUCCGGCCCGACGCCGUACUACCCCGAUCCCGCCUUGAAAACCCACCCAAUGCUGCCCAUGCAGUUCCACUCUUUUGACAGGAGUGUCGUUGUUCCUGUGAAAAAGCCGCCGCCCGGCAGCCUGUCUGUCAACACGGUGGGCACCCCCACCACCGGGGGCGCCGCCACGGCGGCCAGCACGCCGAACAUCUUCGCUGCUGCCACGGCCACGCCCAAGAGCAUGAUCAACACCACAGGCGCAACAGACUCGGCGUCCUCCUCGUCAUCUUCAUCGUCCUCAUUUGUGAACGGCGCCACUAGCAAGAAUCUACCCGCCGUCCAGACGGUGGCGCCCAUGCCUGAAGACACUGUAGAGAACAUGAGUGCCUAUUGUGAGGUGGCGCAGUGUGCGUUGCGCAGCGGUCAGACACCCCCUGAGCUCAAGUCUUUUAGCUCUCUGGCAGGCUUCCAGGCUGCCCCCCGAGAUGCGGGACAGUGUUUUAGCAUCACCACCAAGCUGGAGCGAGCUCUGGAGAAGGUGGCGCCGCUGCUGAGGGAAAUCUUUGUGGACUUUGCGCCCUUCCUGUCCCGCACGCUGCUGGGGAGUCAUGGGCAGGAGUUGCUCAUUGAAGGUACAGGUCUGGUGUGUAUGAAGUCCAGCACGUCGGUGGUGGAGCUCGUCAUGCUGCUCUGCUCUCAGGAAUGGCAGAAUUCUAUCCAGAAGAACGCGGGACUGGCUUUCAUUGAGCUCAUCAAUGAAGGAAGACUGCUGUGUCACGCCAUGAAGGAUCACAUCGUGCGCGUCGCCAACGAGGCAGAGUUCAUCUUGAACCGCCAGCGAGCCGAAGAUGUGCACAAGCAUGCCGAGUUUGAGUCAAACUGCGCUCAGUACGCGGCUGACCGCCGCGAAGAGGAGAAGAUGUGCGACCACCUGAUCAGCGCCGCUAAGCACCGAGACCACGUGACCGCUAACCAGCUCAAGCAGAAGAUCCUCAACAUCCUGACCAAUAAGCAUGGAGCUUGGGGCACCAUGUCGCAGAGCCAAUUGCACGACUUCUGGCGUCUGGACUACUGGGAGGACGACCUGCGCAGGAGGAGGAGAUUCGUGAGAAACGCCUUCGGGUCCACGCACGCCGACGUGGCGCUCAAAUGUCUCGACGACUACGGCACGGAGGACGAAGAGGAGGGCGUCAAGUCAAAGAAGACCUUCCGGAGCCACUCAGUGGUGGCGCAGAACCCGGAGGCGGAGCUGAUGCUGGAGGGCGACGACGACGCCGUCAGUCUGCUGCAGGAGAAAGAGAUCGACAACCUCGCAGGCCCCGUGGUGCUAAGCACGCCGGCGCAGCUCGUCGCCCCGGUGGUCGUGGCCCGCGGCACGCUCUCCAUCACUACCACCGAGAUCUACUUUGAGGUGGAAGAAGACGACCCCGCCUUCAAGAAGGCCGACGCUAAGGUGCUGGGCUACUCGGAGGGUCUGCACGGGAAGUGGAUGUUCAGCGAGAUCCGAGCCGUGUUCUCCAGACGCUACCUCCUCCACAACACUGGUCUGGAGGUUUUCAUGGCCAACAGAACGUCGGUGAUGUUCAACUUCCCCGACCAGGCCACGGUCAAGCGGGUGGUCUACAGUCUCCCGCGGGUGGGCGUCGGAACCAGCUACGGUCUGCCUCAGGCCAGACGGAUCUCGCUGGCCACGCCCCGUCAGCUCUUCAAAUCUUCCAACAUGACGCAGCGUUGGCAGCGCAGGGAGAUCUCCAAUUUUGAGUACCUCAUGUUCCUCAACACCAUUGCAGGGAGGACGUACAAUGACCUGAACCAGUACCCCGUCUUCCCCUGGGUGCUGACCAACUACGAUUCGGAGGAGCUGGAUCUCACGUUGCCCGGGAACUUCCGAGACCUUUCCAAGCCCAUCGGCGCUCUGAACCCCAAGCGGGCCGCGUUCUACGCCGAGCGCUACGAGACGUGGGAAGAUGACAGCGCGCCGCCCGACCACUACGCCACCCUCUACUCCACGGCGCGCUCUACCCUCAUGUGGAUGCUCAGAAUAGAGCCCUUCACCACCUUCUUCCUCAACGCCAACGACGGCAAGUUCGACCACGCGGACCGAACUUUUUCGGGCAUCGGCCGCUCGUGGAGGAACUGCCAGCGGGACACGGCGGACGUGACUGAGCUGAUCCCGGAGUUUUACUACCUGCCGGAGAUGUUCGUCAACAGCAACGAGUACGAGCUGGGCGUGCGCGACGACGGGCUGCCGGUGUGCGACGUGGAGCUGCCCGUCUGGGCCAAGAAACCUGAAGACUUUGUGCGCAUCAAUCGCAUGGCGCUGGAAAGCGAGUUCGUGUCGUGCCAGCUCCACCAGUGGAUCGACCUGAUCUUCGGAUACAAGCAGCGGGGCCCCGAGGCCGUGCGGGCUCUCAACGUCUUCAACUUCCUGUCCUACGAGGGCGGUGUCAACCUGGACAACCUGGACGCGGGGCAGCGGGAGGUGAUGGAGGCGCAGAUUGAGGCGUGCGGGCAGAUCCCAUCGCAGCUGCUCAUCGAGCCGCACCCGCCCCGAUCCUCCGCCAUGCACCUGUGUUUCCUUCCUCAGAGUCCUCUGAUGUUUAAGGAUCAGAUGCAGCAAGACGUGAUCAUGGUGCUCAAGUUCCCGUCCAACUCUCCCGUCACACACGUGGCCGCCAACACGCUGCCUCACCUUAGCAUCCCCGCCGCCGUCACAGUCACAUGUAGCCGCCUGUUCGCCGUCAACCGCUGGCACAACACCGUCGGUUUGCGAGGUGCACCGGGAUAUUCCUUGGAGCAGGCUCACCACCUCCCCAUCGAGAUGGACCCUCUCAUAGCCAACAACUCUGGUACCAACAAGCGUCAGAUCACGGACCUGGUGGACCAGAGCAUCCAGAUCAACACGCACUGUUUCGUGGUGACGGCCGACAACCGCUACAUCCUGGUGUGCGGCUUCUGGGACAAGAGCUUCCGGGUCUACUCCACCGAAACCGGGAAGCUGACCCAGAUCGUGUUCGGCCACUGGGAUGUGGUGACGUGUCUGGCCCGUUCUGAGUCCUACAUCGGGGGUGACUGCUACAUCGUGUCGGGCUCCCGAGACGCCACUCUUCUUCUGUGGUACUGGAGCGGCCGGCAUCACAUCAUCGGGGACAACCCUAACAAUAGUGACUAUCCCGCCCCCCGAGCCGUCCUGACGGGGCACGACCACGAGGUGGUGUGCGUGUCCGUUUGUGCUGAACUGGGGUUAGUCAUCAGCGGGGCCAAAGAGGGUCCGUGCCUGGUGCACACCAUCACGGGGGACCUCCUGAGGGCCCUGGAGGGCCCCGAGCUGUGCCAGCAGCCUCGUCUGAUCUCGGUGUCCAGCGAGGGCCACUGCAUCAUCUACUACGAGCGAGGGCGCUUCUGCAACUUCAGCAUCAACGGCAAGCUGCUGGCUCAGAUGGAAGUCAACGACUCCACGCGGGCCAUCCUGCUGAGCAGUGACGGGCAGAACCUGGUGACGGGCGGCGACAACGGUGUGGUGGAAGUCUGGCAGGCCUGCGACUUCAAGCAACUCUACAUCUACCCGGGAUGCGACGCCGGCAUCCGCGCCAUGGACCUGUCGCACGACCAGAGGACGCUUAUCACCGGCAUGGCGUCCGGCAGCAUCGUGGCGUUCAACAUCGACUUCAAUCGCUGGCACUACGAGCAUCAGAACCGCUACUGAGGCCGUGGGGAAAACGUCUCUCCGGGGUACACGAGAAGAAGACUUGAACUUCUUUUUUACCCCCCCUUCGACGGGAUUGUGUGUACUGUCACGCACACACCUACACACACGCAUAUAACACGCAUAUAAACACCACAACACGCGCCCGAGCCCAAAGACGACGACACCCAACGCGGCGCGGAUCGGUCGCCGGCGUUGGCGGGUCAGGUUUUGGGUUUUGGGUUUCGAGGUUGCGCUUUAACGCUUCAGUGAGCCGGACACUCUUUGCGGGGUGGUUUCUCUUCCUUUCACGUAGGGAUUUGUAAUCUUUUACUUUGGUGUGAAUACGCCACAGCCUCCUUUGUUGCUUUUUUUUUUCUUUUUUUGUGGGUUUCCGACCUUUUAAUUUAUUGCUCCCAUGUAUCAUAAUGUGUAAUAACAAAAACGGCAACCACAAUGACGAUGAUGAUGGUAAGAAGGUCGAGGAUGGUUUUUUGUUUUUUUUUUUUUUGCCGGAGCUAUUACCGUCCGGGUUGAAGACCCCCAGCCCCCGCCUCUUAAAAACCAACCUCCCACACGUUGAUGAUUUGUAUUUCUUUUCUUUUUUUUUUUUUUUUCUACAUUUGGUGAUCGUCAUGUCAAAUAUGUACAUAAAAUGUCUCUCUCGCUUUUUCCGGCCCAUUUGGACACAAAAAGCUCAUGUUAUUUAAAAAGAAUCCAAUUUUUUUCAGUUUUUUUUUUUUUUUUUUUUUUUGGUAUUUGCACUUUGCACCAAUCACACGCUAUUAUUUAUGAUUAGGCUUUGUUUCCUAUUCGGGGGGCUUGAGUUGUUAUGUUUGCGAUUCUUCUUACAAUGGGCCAGGUUCUUUUGGUUCUCGUCCGGGGCCGGGAUGAAUUCUUUGUGCAUCGAUGUUUGUAUUUAAACGCUCACGUGUGGAGAUUUUACAGCAAUAUGAUGACUAGCGUGCACACGCACGUAACUCUAGACACACACGCAUAUACACACACAUACACAAACACGCACCACAUAUCCAAAAACCAACAGGCGAAGAAGAAAAAAAAAAAGGUGAAAUAUUUUUGGAUCUAUGAAACCCUUAAAAACUAUUGUAUUCAUGUUUUAUUGCAAAGAUGUAAAAUAAGACAUGUGUGAGUUGGAAAAACAUAAGAAAAAUAAAUU